UCCCAUAUUUUAUUUCGUCAUCAUAUACAUUUCAUAGUUUUAGUUUUGUGAAAGAAAACUGAAUUGCCCUGCUACUACUAACUACUCUUUACGUGACAAGAACUUCACACCUGUUAUGUUUUACCAUGGAAGCAAAGUGACACACAAACUUAACACCAAAUAAAUUGCAACUCCCUUUAGUAUUAUAAAAAUAUUAUUAUAAUAUAGUAAGCAAUUAAAUAUAAAUAAAGUAAAUAAAAUUAGCUCUUUCCCAACUCACUCAUAUCCCCAGCCCCCUUCUGCAUCAAAGAAAAAAGGAGAGUUCAAUUCCUUCAUAUUGGAUUUGCCCUAAAUCUCCAAUUAUUACUAAAUCUACUACAAUUGUUGUUACUUGUCUCAGCUCAACUUAAUUCCGUCGGUCGGAGUUAUCUGGAUCUGGCCGGAAUAUUCUGUCCAUUUCCCGCCAACAUAUAUUUAUUCGUUAAGUAAUUAAUUCACAGGGAGAGAGGUGAAGUGACCUUUUUAUACUGCUCAAUAACUGCAGCUGCUGUAACAAUUGAAAAAAGAAUAAGUGCAUUUGUUCACUGAAUUUUCUCUAGAGCUGAAAUCCUAAGCUGUCGCUGAUGAAGAACGGUAUGGCAGAAUGCGCUGUCUGCCAUUCCAGGCUGGUUUCUCCAACUGUAAAGACUAUUUCAAGGGCAUAUGAUCGACACAGAAGCAAGAUUUCAUCAAAACAACGUGCCCUUAAUGUCCUAUUGGUUGUAGGAGAUUGUAUGCUGGUUGGCUUACAGCCUGUUUUAGUAUUUAUGUCGAAAGUGGAUGGAAAAUUCAAGUUUAGUCCUGUAAGUGUCAACUUCUUGACGGAGGCGACAAAAGUUGUCUUUGCAAUAAUAAUGCUUUUAAUCCAGGCCAGGCAUCAAAAGGUUGGAGAAAAACCACUUCUUUCAAUAUCCACAUUUGUACAGGCUGCACGAAACAAUGUGCUUCUUGCUGUACCAGCACUACUCUAUGCCAUAAAUAACUACCUAAAGUUCAUAAUGCAGUUAUAUUUCAACCCAGCAACAGUGAAGAUGCUGAGCAAUCUGAAGGUUUUGGUUAUUGCUAUGCUGUUGAAACUUAUCAUGAAACGGCGAUUUUCCGUAAUACAGUGGGAGGCUCUUGCUCUGUUGCUAAUUGGGAUCAGCAUUAAUCAACUUCGAUCCCUUCCUGAAGGCGCCACUUCAUUGGCUCUUCCAGUCACCACAAUUGCGUACAUCUACACACUGGUUUUUGUCACUGUGCCUUCUAUGGCCUCAGUAUUCAAUGAGUAUGCUUUGAAGAGUCAGUAUGACACUAGCAUUUAUCUCCAGAACUUAUUUCUGUACGGAUAUGGCGCUAUAUUCAACUUUCUAGCCAUUCUUGGGAUUGCUGUAUUUAAAGGUCCUGGUAGUUUGGAUAUUUUUCAGGGGCAUUCGAAGGCAACCAUGCUUCUAAUUGUUAACAAUGCGGCGCAAGGAAUUCUUUCAUCCUUCUUUUUCAAAUAUGCUGAUACGAUUCUGAAGAAGUACUCUUCGACCGUCGCAACAAUAUUUACAGGCAUAGCAUCUGCUUUGUUGUUUGGUCAUAGACUGACUGCAAACUUUCUUCUUGGGAUUUCUGUUGUUUUUAUCUCAAUGCACCAGUUCUUUUCACCUCUUGCAAAAGUUAAAGAUGACCAGCAAAACGGGUCAUUGGAGCUGAUUGAUGCCCGGGAGAACCAUCGCUCAAAAGAUUCAUCCUUCGUAAAUAUAGCAGCAGGGGCAAAUGAGGAGGCUAGUCAUCGAGUAGGGCCUGAUGAAAGACAGCCACUUCUUCCAAGAUGACUUUAUUUGAACUUUCAUCUCUAGCGUAUUUGGUGGUGAGCAUUUACGGGGAGAGUAGAAUACAAGGUUAUUCAGUGUAAUAUCCAGAACAAAUAAGGGAAGAAACAGUCGUGAUGUUUCUCUUUUCUUCUCUCCAAAAGUUGGUCAAUCCUUCUGCUUCCGGGAUUGUUCGUCUGGACAGAAAGAUGUGUUGAUGGAUGAGUUUUAGGUAGACAACAGGAGUAUAGUUGUCAUGCAAUACAUAUACAAGCUACCAAUGUUGUAUAAGUUACAUACCAUUUACAAAGAGACAUGUGUAGUGUUAUACAUUGAUUUUGUUGUAAACAGUUAUCAAUUCUUUCAUAUAUUCUUGUAAUCAAGUGAAUUUUGAUGACGUA